AUGAGCGUGUCUUCCGAAGACUCGAUCCCUCCGGCUGGGGACGUGGCGGACUCCGGAGGCUCCCCGACCGACGAGCUGAUGGGCUCCCAUUCCCGCCGCUGGCUGUCCAGCAUCCUCCCCUCCGGCAUGCUGGACAGAGUCGGCGACGUCCGGCACCUGGUCGGCCGCGACGGCCUGUUCGUGGACCGCGACUUCCCAGUGUGGCAGCUGGAGCUGCAGGCCGGCGUGCGGUGGAAACGCCCCCAGGACAUCUGUUCCUCGCCACAGUUCAUAGUGGAUGGAGCCUCGCGUAUGGAUGUGAAUCAGGGCCUUCUCAAUGAUUGCUGGUUCCUGUCUGCGGUGGCCUCUCUCUCCAUGUGUCGCCCCCUGCUGGAGAAGGUGGUUCCUGCAGGACAGAGCUUCCAGGACGGAUACAACGGCAGCUUCCACUUCCGGUUCUGGCAGUAUGGUCAGUGGGAGGAGGUGAUUAUUGAUGACUUGCUCCCUACUCGGGAGGGUCGGCUGAUCUACCUCAGCUCCCCAGAGCAACAGGAGUUCUGGAGCUCCCUGCUGGAGAAGGCCUACGCCAAGCUGAAGGGAGGCUACAUGACUCUGGACAUGGGCUUCCCACAUGAGGCCAUGGUUGACAUGACCGGCGGAGUGACUGAGGUCCUGACCGUCGCCUCGCUGCCCAGAGACGUCCCAACCUUCCUCAGACACCUGCUGGCUAAAGGAUCCCUCAUCAACUGUGCCAACUGCCAGGGUCCGAUAAACCAGAAGAACAAAAUGGGGAUUGUGUUCAGACAUGCCUACUCUCUGACAGGCGCGGAGAAGGUGAGGACCAAAUACGGCACGGUGGACUUGGUGCGCAUUAACAACCCCUGGGGCAACACCGAGUGGGAGGGGCCAUGGAGUGACCACGACAGUCCAGAGUGGGAUAAAGUGAGUCCUGCGGAGCAGCAGAGGCUGGACAGGGUGAGCAGGGAGGACGGGGAGUUCUGGAUGUCGGUGUCAGACUUCCGUCAGAACUUUGAAACACUCGAGAUGUGUCACCUGAGCGACACACUCAGCCUACCAGGACACAGCGUGCGGCCGUGGCACUGCACAAUGCAUCAUGGGAACUGGGUGUCACGCAUGUCAGCAGGGGGUCCUCCAAGUGGGAAAUGGUUCAUGCAGAAUCCCCAGUUCAACCUGACUCUGUUGGAGGAGGAUGAUGACCCAUUAGACCCGAAGGAGACCUGCACCUUUGUGGUGGCUCUGAUGCAGAAACACCAGAGACGCACGGGGGUUAACCUGGCAAUAGGACUCCAUAUAUACAAGGCUCAUUCUCAGGGUAAAUACCUGCCCUCUGUAGACCUGAGUUUGCUCCAACCUGUUCUGAAAUCGGCGGGUUACACUCAGCGACGUGAGGUUGUGCUCCGUGGUCGCUUGGCACCCGGCCAUUACAUCAUAGUCGCCUCCACCUCAGCGCCCAAUGAGGAGGGAGCCUUCCUCCUCCGGGUUCUGACAGAGAAGGGCAACGCAGCCACUCCAGCGAAGCCGGCGACACAAGACAUCUCUACAAUAACCCAGGCUUCCUUUCUACACCCGGCUGCCCUCCCUUCCCCCCAAUCUAUCAGACGUCUCUUCAAGAAGCACUGCAAUAAGAAAGGCACCUGCAAGCCGCUGGAGCUCCACAGCCUGCUGACCGAGGCCAUACAGGGUGGAGUGUUGGCAGGCAGUGAGAAGAACCUGGCACUGGAGCACUGCAAGAGCCUUGUGGUCCUCAUGGACAAGCAGGGCAGGGCCCAGCUGGACUGGCAAGAGUUUCAGAACCUCUGGAAUAAGAUCAGAGAGUGGACGGAUAUCUUCCUGACCUUUGACAGGGACAGGUCUCGGCGGCUCGAGUAUCUGGAGGUCAAACCCGCCCUAAAGGCUGCAGGCAUUGCGGUGGAUGACUUUGUGAUGGAGCUGAUCGGCCUGAGGUACACGGAGCCGGACAUGACCAUCAGCUACCCUGGUUUCCUGUACCUGCUGAUGAAACUGGACAGCAUGAUCUAUAAAUUUCAAGCCUACGACGUGGCCGGGCUGGGCACCAUAUCCCUCAGCUACAGACAGUGGCUGCACAUGACCAUGUACAACUGACCAGAUCUGCUCCACCUGCCCCGCUGGACUCGAGCACUGCCCACAUGACCAUGUACAACUGACCUGAUCUGCUCCACCUGCCCCGCUGGGCUCGAGCACUGCCCACAUGACCAUGUACAACUGACCAGAUCUGCUCCACCUGCCCCGCUGGACUCGAGCACUGCCCACAUGACCAUGUACAACUGACCUGAGCAGACCUGCUCCAUCUGCCCCGCUGGACUCGAGCACUGCCCACAUGACCAUGUACAACUGACCUGAUCUGCUCCACCUGCCCCGCUGGACUCGAGCACUGUCCACAUGACCAUGUUAAACUGACCUGAUCUGCUCCACCUGCCCCGCUGGACUUGAGCACUGUCCACAUGACCAUAUACAACUGACCUGAGCAGACCUGCUCCACCUGCCCCGCUGGACUCGAGCACUGUCCACAUGACCAUGUACAACUGACCUGAUCUGUUCCACCUGCCCCGCUGGACUCGAGCACUGUCCACAUGACCAUGUACAACUGACCUGAGCAGAUCUGCUCCACCUGCCCCGCUGGACUCGAGCACUGUCCACAUGACCAUGUACAACUGACCUGAUCUGCUCCACCUGCCCCGCUGGACUCGAGCACUGUCCACAUGACCAUGUACAACUGACCUGAUCUGCUCCACCUGCCCCGCUGGACUCGAGCACUGUCCACAUGACCAUGUACAACUGACCUAAUCUGCUCCACCUGCCCCGCUGGACUCGAGCACCGUCCACAUGACCAUGUACAACUGACCUGAUCUGCUCCACCUGCCCCGCUGGACUCGAGCACCGUCCACAUGACCAUGUACAACUGACCUGAUCUGCUCCACCUGCCCCGCUGGACUCGAGCACUGUCCACAUGACCAUGUACAAGUGACCAGAUCUGCUCCACCUGCCCCGCUGGACUCGAGCACUGUCCACAUGACCAUGUUCAACUGACCUGAUCUGCUCCACCUGCCCCGCUGGACUCGAGCACUGCCCACAUGACCAUGUACAACUGAGCUGAUCUGUUCCACCUGCCCCGCUGGACUCGAGCACUGUCCACAUGACCAUGUACAACUGACCUGAUCUGCUCCACCUGCCCCGCUGGACUCGAGCACUGUCCACAUGACCAUGUACAACUGACCUGAUCUGCUCCACCUGCCCCGCUGGACUCGAGCACUGUCCACAUGUUCAGCCUUGUUUUGUUGCCUAUUAGUUAGUUUUAGUUGCAACUUGAU